AUGCCUUCGAUACCUUCCUCGCCCAAUGUCGAACCCCCAUCUUCCGCAUCCUCGAAUCAGUAUUAUGCUAGCAAUGGCACUAGCUCGUCAAGAAGAUCUUCCCGCACAUCACAGACCUCAAUUCCAUACUUCCCAACGACACCGCGUCACUCCCUUGGCAAGAGAGAUUCUGCUUCAUUGAGCAUCGCGAGUGACGGGCUCUAUGGUGAACUAGGAGAAGGCGAGGAUAUGGACAAUUUGGCCGACGAAUUGGCAGACGCUUGGGAUGAGAAUGGGGAAGAGGAGCCAGGGUCAAGUUUUCUGGACGGUCUAAGAGAAGGAAGUGCUGAACCUUUGUCAUUGCAUGAUGAGAUUUGCAGUGGCAACAACGUCGGCUCCCCUGAAUUUCACUCCGUUCGAAGCCCCACGACACCAUUGCGCAAACCGGUUGUGGAUGACCCGUUGGGCUCACCUACACGGUCAGCGGGCAACAUCAGAAGGAGCACGUCUCUGCAACACAGAGAGGAUGAAUCGCGCUGUAUGGGCUCGAACUACGCAGAUGAUUCUGAUCUGGAAGAAGCAAAAGUUAUUUCACCUGCGCUGGCCCGACAGAUGACCAACAUCGAAGCACUGGCGAGACAAUGUCUGAACGAUGAUUCGGUCAGCGAAGCUGGGGGCGUUGUUUUGAGGACUACGCUCGCAUUGCAGGAUCUGGGGCCACAAUCGAGUAUCGAAAAUGGGGUAACUAGGAUGACCACCGCAUACACGUCUAUUGCCAUGCAUCGGACGCAAAAGACCAGAGAGAUCUAUUCAGUGGCGCAUUCAUUACUGUUGGACAGAUACCCAAAUCUAGCGGAAGAAGACAUCGGUGGGUUGAUAGCUGAGCUGGACAUACUCCUCGAGUACCUACAGUUACCGUCUGGACCCAGUCCGCUGCAGUCACUUCACAGCCUCAUCGCCGGUACUGCAGAUCUUGCACACUCGCUGCGCUCUCUGACCGACAUGAUACAAGAGUCAAAGCAAGCAGCGUCGGCAGCCUCACGACGACUGAAGAAUGCCAAAGACGUUGUGAUGGAACUACAACAAGAGGAGGAAGCACGGGAAGAAGGUAUCCGCUAUCUAGAGGAGGGGGAUUGGGAUCGGCGAAUACGUGACAGAGAGGCUGAGUGUUUGUGUGGAGAUGUGGUUGCUGGAUUCGAGACGACCUUCGACGCGUGGAGGUAUCGUCUGUUUGGGACUUUGAGUACUGAAGGGACUCCUGCAUGA